AUGAUCUCUCUAGCUGCUUCUGCAUCCCCUAUAGAAUCUGUGACUUCCAGUGCAAGCGUAGAUAGCUUUGGCGUUUCAGAUGCGUCCACCAUGUCUCAGGAGCCAGUCGCCAAUCUGGAGGACCUGGACUUGGACGCUCUGCUAGCUUCGGCAAAGUUCAAGCUUCAGCAGAGACAACGCAACAAAACACAUGGCUCCACGAAUGAAAACACACUGAAAGAAAUCAAAAAUACCAUUUCAGAGAUUCCCAAACUGGCAGACGCUGAAGGAGUUUUAAACUUGGACAAAAACAAGGCAGAAGAUAAGCCACUAAUCAACCACGACGCGGCAGCAGCCGCGCUGGUACAGGAUGCUUCCAAACAAACUAAAAAACAAGGCUCUCUGGAGUUUCGCACUAUUUCUGACCCCGUUAUUCUUAAGCGAGAAGCAAAGGCUAAGCGUGAAAGCACGGCCGGUGACCGGUGGUUUGGUAUGCCCAAGGCUGAACUGACUCCGGAGCUGAAACGCGACUUGCAACUGCUACAGAUGCGUAGUGUUCUGGAUCCCAAGCGUCACUACAAGAAAAAUACAUUUGGUGUAGGUGCCGAUGGAGAAACUGCAUUCCCCAAGUAUGUCCAGCAAGGCACUAUCGUGGAGGAUUCGUCUGAGUUCUUUUCGGCCCGUCUCACCCGCAAGGAGCGUAAGAAGACUUUUGCUGACGAACUUCUUUCUGAUAACCAAACUCGCCAAUACUUCAAGCGCAAGUAUGAUGAGAUUCUUGAACAAAAGAACAAGGUCCGAAAGGAUAGAAGAAGGAAAUAUUAA